AGCAAAUCUGUGCUGAGAGCUGCGCAGCCGCCCUGCGCAUCCGUCGGCUGAGGUGGACACCGCAGCCAUUUCUCUGCCCCUCAUGAAAAACAUACAGGGGGUGGCGUGUGUCCAUCACGCACAUGAAGUAACCUGACGUGUGGGGAUGAUGACUGUAGCAGUGAGUACCGGGACUGAACUCGGCAUCACCGAUUGAGAUCCGCGAUCUCCAAACUUUCCCCCAAUUCAACGCCUGCGCAGCCAAAUCAGGCUCUCUCUCUCUCUGUCUUUCCUCCAUUUGGCUUAUGUUUUUGUUUCUGUGUCAGCCAUGGAGGAAGAUCGACAAGGAGGCAGCUGCGACGUCGCAGCAAUGCACGUGAAAACUGAAGCGGUCGAUGAAAAUACAUCUGCGCUGGUUUUGGGCAGUCAGGAGUCGCCUGCGCCCUGCGGUGAUACCGCAUGCAGAGGAGGAGGAGGAGGAGGAGGAGGAGUGGAUCAGACUGCAGAGGUACUGGGUGACACAGAGCUGCAAGCAGCCACCACAGCUACUCCUGUACUGCUGUAUCCUGUGAGCACAGACCGGUUCUUCACCACAUCAGGGGAUGGAAAAACCUACCUGAAGAUAGCUCCAGCUUCAGUGAUGCCACCUGCUCCUUCAGAGAAGACGCUCCCCUCUGGUUCUGAUUUCUCUUCCAAAGCUGUUCUGUGUCUGAUAGAGGCUGUCGGGCGCCGCUGGGGCCUGUAUGAGACUCGAGAACGGUCGCAGCUCUUCCAGAGUGUCCAGGAGGAGAUGGCCUCAAAGGGGCAUGUGCUUCCUGUUGAAAAGAUCCGCCGCAAGUGGAACAACCUCAUUGUUACGUACAAGAGGGUGAAAGACCGCAGCCGAGAGACGGGACAUGCUAAAACGACCUGGGAGUUCUUUGAUUUGAUGGAUGCCACACUUUGUGACACUGUUGGAACUCAGAUCACCAACAAUAAAAGAACCAAAGGUGGCAGCUCCAUCUCUGCGCUGCCUGGUCCCUUGGCAAAGAUCGCUGCAAAACCACAGGUCCCACAGCCCACCACCAUCACGCACCCCAAUGGUGACUUUGCCAUGACUGCUGGUGUGGAAUCAAUGGGUCAGGUUGCUACCAGCGGUCAGAUCAUCAGUAGCACUGCUGCCAUAACCUCAAUGACUACAGCAACCGUUAGCCCAACAAAUGCUCCAGAGAUCAAGCCCCUGAUUGUCCUGAACAGUGACAUUGUUACAACCAGUAUUCAUCCAGCCACCAUUGUGCCAUCUCCAUCUUUUAUCUCCUCACCUUGUUUUACAGAAACAGCAUCAACUUCCCCUUCUCUUGGGCCAACCUGUAACACAGACCUUAACACAUCCCGCUUCGUAAGCCGUAAAGCUCCGUCCUUCUCAUCGGGUGUCGUACCCUUUCGCCUUAGUAACACCCAGAAUCUCCUUGGCCUCUCCUCCUCUUUACCCCCGACGUCCUCCUGUCUUGCAUCUUCUAUUUCCACUUCAUUAUCAGCAACAACCACAACAGAAACAGAUGGACAAAACCAGACAGGAAAUGAGGAGCAGAGCAGCACUACGUUGUUCCAGGAGAUUCUGAAGAGACAGGAGGAGCAGGCCUACCUGGAUCGAGUGGCUCGCCGCCGGGUCGAAGCCAGAGAAAAGAGGCGUGAGAGGAGGGAGGUGCGGAUGGCAGAGUCCCUCGGCAGGAUAGCCACAGCCCUGGAGCUACUCUCCUCCAAACAGGACACAGUCAUUGCCCUCCUGCAGAGACUGGCUGAUCGGAACAGAGGAUUCUUACAUGUAACCUGUGGAAACAAGAAGGGCAUCCUGGAUGUAGGAAAGCUGGACAGAGGCAAGGAGUGUAUUAAGUGUGAAGGUCGCUGGUUUGCUCCACCUGCCUUUGAGGACUUUGGAGGGAAAGGGCACAAGUCAGAAAUAAGCCUACAAUCUGCUGAAGAUACUGUGGAAGAUGAUGUUGACGAUGAAGACUGGCAUCCAAGCAGUGAAGAACUGGCACCAGUGACAGAGGAGGAGGAAAGGGUAGGGACUGAAAAAGGAGGAGAGGUUGUAGAAGAGGAAGAUAAACUGGAAAAGGGAGAAAUGGAAGAUGAGGAUAUUCCUGCUGAUGCUGAUAGCGACAGUGACAACCAUGUAUUUGAAGUUAACCUCCCACUGGCAGAAAUAUACCUUCUUCUUUUUCCAUUGUCAGAGAUCAAGCCCCUGAUUGUCCUGAACAGUGACAUUGUUAGAACCAGUAUUCAUCCAGCCACCAUUGUGCCAUCUCCAUCUUUUAUCUCCUCACCUUGUUUUACAGAAACAGCCUUAACUUCCCCUUCUCUUGGGCCAACUUGUAACACAGACCUUAACACAUACCGUUUCGUAAGCCGUAAAGCUCCGUCCUUCUCAUCGGGUGUCGUACCCUUUCACCUUAGUAACACCCAGAAUCUCCUUGGCCUCUCCUCCUCUUUACCCCCGACGUCCUCCUGUCUCGCAUCUUCUAUUUCCACUUCAUUAUCAGCAACAACCACAACAGGAACAGAUGGACAAAACCAGACAGGAAAUGAGGAGCAGAGCAGCACUACGUUGUUCCAGGAGAUUCUGAAGAGACAGGAGGAGCAGGCCUACCUGGAUCGAGUGGCUCGCCGCCGGGUCGAAGCCAGAGAAAAGAGGCGUGAGAGGAGGGAGGUGCGGAUGGCAGAGUCCCUCGGCAGGAUAGCCACAGCCCUGGAGCUACUCUCCUCCAAACAGGACACAGUCAUUGCCCUCCUGCAGAGACUGGCUGAUCGGAAGUGAUGAAGGCCAGAAAGCAGGGGCUCUUAAACCUCUUUCCCUGUCCUGAGAUCAUGAUUAUGAACAUUCCUGACAUGUGGUGACCAGCCUGAGUAUUAUGUCUUGUUCAGUUUUACAAGCAACAGUUCUACUGAAAAGGGAUUUUUCUCUCUUCAA